CGGUUUCCGGAACAAUCAAAACAGACGAAGAAAUUUAGCUUUCAUUUAAAAAUAAGACAAAAAUGAAUCGACUAUUCGGAAAAGGCAAAGAAAAAACUCCUGCACCUAAUCUCACAGACUGCAUUUCAAAUAUUGACACUAGAGGAGAUUCUAUAGACAAAAAAAUUGCGAGGUUAGAUGCAGAAUUAAAGAAGUAUAAAGAUCAAAUGAAGAAAAUGAGAGAAGGACCUGCAAAGAAUAUGGUAAAACAGAAAGCAAUGAGAGUUUUAAAACAAAAGAAGAUGUAUGACAACCAGCGAGAUAAUUUAAUGCAGCAGUCUUUUAAUCUAGAACAACAGAAUUACAAUAUACAGAAUAUUAAAGACACAAAGACAACUGUAGAUGCAAUGAAAGUUGGAGUAAAAGAAUUUAAAAAAGCCUACAAGCAUGUAGAUAUUGAUCAAGUUGAGAAUUUGCAAGAUGAACUUGAAGAUCUAUCUGAACAAGCCAAUGAUAUUCAAGAAGUAAUGGGCAGAAGUUAUGGAAUGCCUGAAUUAGAUGAAGAUGACCUUGAAGCAGAAUUAGAUGCAUUGGGAGAUGAACUUGAUUUGGAAGAUUCAUCAUAUUUAGAUGAUGCUGUUGCAACACCUUCAGUUCCUUCAUCUGAGCCAGGUGGAGAGAGUAUGAGAGACAAUGUACCUGUUGAUGAAUAUGGACUGCCACAAAUUCCACAAACAGCAAAAUAACAAAGACCAAUUGUGAUCAAUAUUUAUCUACUGUUUUCUUGUCUAUAUAUGUAAUAGAACAAUGUGUAAAUAAUGGUUAUUUACUAAGAAAUGAUAGAUUAAGUUAGGUUUGACAGAAUCAUUAGUCAUAGCCAAAUUUCUUUGUGAUUCAUUUUAGAUAAUAUAUUUAAACUGUGCAAUCUAUUUGCACAUUACUUAAUGAGGCAAAAACAAAAAAGGUGUGUGUUUAGGGCUAAAAACCCUAAUUUUGAGCUCUGACUUGUUUUUAUGAAGAUUUCUUCAAAAACUUUUCACCAACAUACAUGUGCAAACUUGAUCAACAUCAUCACUAUGUUCAUUUACAAAUUGCAAACAGUGAACCUCCUGUAAAGCUUUAUGUAUAACACAGGAACCAAACUGAGUGAAAAAACACAAUACUCUUCAGAUCGUGACAGAAAAAACAUCUGACCUAUAAUUUUUCAGAAGGUAAACCCUAAUACACAUAUAUUUUUUUGCCUUAUUAAAUCAAAGAUCUGGAUUUUUCUAUUCUGGUCGUCUCUUUCUUUUCCUUCAUAAACAGUUCUAGACAAUAUCUAUUUGUUCCUUCAACUAAAACAUAUUAAAAUGUUAUGUGGUUUAUUUUUUAAGAGCAUCUCCAAGGCCUCCUGCAAGUACACAAAUUAAUUUAUUUUAGAAAAAAAACGUAUAAAUAUUGAUAUACAAUAAUAAUACAGAUGACUGGAUCUUUUAAAAUUUAGAAAAACUUACUGAUAUGUCUUCAAACAGGUUUCAUUAUACAACACAUUUACUGUUCUACAAUUUAUUAGUAUUUACAUUUGAUAAUUUUCACUAGGGAUACUAUUUGUAAACACAUCUUAACGUAGUUUUUUGUACAAAUAACACAUAAUUAUUUUAUACUGUUUGGAUAACACUUUCCUUUCCUGUUUGAUUCCCUCAAGAAUUGAAGGAAAAUAUACCCUUAUCCAAACCAUUUAUUAUUUUUUUUACCUGAAAAUACAAAAAUGUGGAUCCAAUUUAUUUAGGGGUGAAGUGAUGUGAGGUGAUUAUGCUUUUAUCUGUUCACUGAUAUGAGACGGUUAGAAUGUGAGCUGUAAUCCUUUAGUUUACUGGGUUUUUUAAUCAUUCAUUGUAAGAAAAUUGGAUUUAGAUUAAUAAAAUACUGUAUGUGGAUACUUUUGUUGCAGAUGUGAAAAACUUUUUGGCUGAUGUUAUUUUAUUAUUGUCGUACUUGUAAUAGAACUUAUGUAAAUAAAAUUCAUUUUAUGAUAACACAUUUUCGGAUUAGUUAGCUAGGCACAAAGAAAAAGUGAUGAUUAAAAUGUGUUGGUUUUCUCUAAAAAAAAUUGUUAAUUAAAAAAGAUAUGCCACUAUUAGGGCAUUAGGAAAUACCUAGAUUCUCAUUUAACUUUUUGAAAAAUUUGAGGAGUGAUUUUUUUUGUUGUUGCUUUUUUACCAUUUUAGUGAAAACUUAACAGAAAAAUUAAAGAAAAUUGCAAAAAAUCUAAAUAUUUUUUAUUUGCUCUUAAAAAACUUGAUCAUGGAGGAUGAGAAUCUAUGAUUUUUAUACUCCCAGAAGAAAAAAAAUUCUGGAGCGUAAGACAUCCCUAUGUUACUCAGCCUGUCCUUCCAUUCGUCUGUCUGGAUUUCUUGCUUUCUGGAUGGCAACUCGAAUUUCCUUGGUUGGUUUCAAAUAAAACUUAUAUAGAUUGAAAAUAUAUCAAGGUCACAGCUGCUGAAAAUAAACUGAUUAUACAUGAAUAUAGAAAUAUGAGGUGAUAUUUUGUUGUUUCUUGGUGAUUUCUUGAGGUACAUUUGUUGCAAUUGAGAGGUUAGCCAGGGUCUGAUGUACCCCUGUCAAUUUUUAAGGGUUCUCCAAAAGGGUUUUCUGUAUAUUAGGGCUCUAGGGGAGUUUUAACAAUUUUGAUUUCUUGAUAUAACUAUUACUUUUUAAUUUUUCUGUUUUCAUCAAUAUUAUUUGAUAUGUGGGGGACAAUCCAUCAAUUUUGUAGUUAAGGGAGCAAAGGUUGGCCAUGCCAACUUUGUUCUUGUUUUAUAAUUGCCCAAUAAGAACUUUAAUGUGACAAAGACAUGAAAAUUAGUAAAGUGUAAUGUUUGUUUAAGUUAUUUUAGUUAUAUAAUCCUCAUUCUAAAUUAAGUUUGUAUAUAAAAAUGUAUAGUUAAAACUUCAUGUGAUCAAAUUUAGCUUUAUCAUGACUUUCUACAUGGGGAAUAUUGUCCUCUACUGUGAAUUUGACUAUUUUUUAUAGUUACCAACUUUAUUGAUAACUGUACUAGGAAUUAUUGCCAAACUAUCUUCUAUCUUUCUUUUUAAAAUUCUCAAAGCUUCUUAAAACUUACAUAAACUCUAUUUGUUGCAAUGUAUGAAGGAAAUUAAAAAAUUCUUAAAAAUAUGACAGAAUGGAGGAAGGGUUUUAACCUCCUGAGGCAUUUUGUGAAAUUUAUUCAUGAUGCACACUCGACCACUCAUAAAGUAGCCCUAGAAAGAUGAUUUACAAACAUUGUUAAAAAGAAAUUUCUAAAUGCAAAUUAGUGCUCUCAACCGUUAGAAACAUAUUUAUAUUUUUAAUUUAUUGAAAUGGUUUUCAUUAUUUUAUAAUAAAACAAAUAAUGUAUAAAAA